CCGCUGCAAAAGAGGCGGAGAAAAAAGAAACAGAAGAAGAAGAAGUGGUGGCGCAAUCACAGUUUAGCUAACACACACACACACACACACACAGUUGGUUGGUAGGUAGGUAGGUGUAGCGCCUGACAGCUGCUCCAUCCACAACACCGCCACCACAACAGCUUCUUCCCCUCGCUCGCUGCACAUCCUCGUCCGCCGAUGACAUCCUUCAAACCCGGCGGGCACGUCGCACUAUGUUCGAGGAUCCUGAACUCCAAGACCCGUUGUCGCUGAGUCUAAACGAAAACUACAAUGGCCGGAACUCGCCACAUCACGAUCAGAAAAAAGCACAAGCGAGUCCCGACUAUAACUGUGACACGCCGGAGAUAAGUCGAGUGAUCAUCAAAGAGGAAGAGGACGGCUGGACCGCGAGUGACAAUGAUGAGAGCUACUGCUCAGGGGGAGAAACGGGGGAUCCUGCUGCACACACAUUUCAUCCCCACCUCAAAGCAUGUGAGGAAGAGAGCUGCAAUUCACAUGCAGUAAAGAGACAAUGCUCGGAGGAGUCCGGCCACAUGCUCACAGACUCUGAUGCUAAACCCAAGGUUUCCUGUGUUGGCGUCAAGGUGCCGGGACAUGAGACCGCGGACGAGUGUAAUAACACAGGAGAGAGAUCUUUCUCCUGCCCAAAACGUGAGACGACCCCCAGUCACACGAGGAACGUGAGCUCCCGUCAGAGAUCACACGCAGAGGAGGGAUGUCACGCCCCAGGCCAGAGCCUCGAUGUCAAACAAAGCACAUCUUUGCCAACCGAAGCAGAACCGCACGAGACCAAAUCAUCAGCACUUUGCCAAACAGAUUCCCCUGAGAGUCAGGCCCUUGUGUCACACGGUCUCAAAAUGGCAUCUGCGAACUUAGAGGGCCAAACCCUGCAUCUGACUGUUCGAUUGCAGGCCGGGGAGGCGGAGGAGGGGCAAGAGGAGGCGGAGGAACAAGAUGACGAAAUCGGAGGUUUAAUCAACUCUGACGGAGAAGUGGUCGAAUGGGAUGCCAGUCCUGAUCGACGCUCUGAUUGCACAGAAGGUCCUCAGCAUAGUAAGGGUGUCAGCUUGUCUGUGUCUCGGCUGCAAGGCCAAAGCCAGAGAGACAGCAGUAGUCCAACGUUCAUCAUGGAAGUUGUGUCUGUGGGAGAAGAUGAAGAAAGGGAAGAAGGGGAGGAGGAAAAAGAGAGAGUAGUAAAGAUGGCAACCGUUUCCCCUUUGUGUCGUGGAAAGAGACACAGAAGAAAGAACAAGAUUCCAAAAAUAACAGUGGCAGCAAAGAGAGAAGUUCCUGCAAAUCCUGUAAAGAGAAGGGGCAGAAGAAAAAUUUCAGAAACUCCACCGUUGUCUGAGAAAGACUCGGAGGCCGAGCCCGGAGUAUCAAGGCGGAGCCGAAGAAAGAGAAAUGUCCCCGCCGUAGUGGAAUCAGAAGAAUCGGAACCAAAAGCCGUCCGCCGUGUCUCCGCAAAGCGACCGUACAGGAGAAGGAAAGAAACCAAACAAUCUGCUGAAGGAGGAGAAAACAGUGGUGUGUCAGCUGGGAGGAAGCGCCCUGGCAGAAAGAUGGUCCGUGUACCAGUAGACAUCCCUCCCGAGCUCCUGAAGAAGCCCAAAGAAACGAUCGAGUACCGCUGCACGGUGUGCGGCAAAGAGUUCCCGCACGCCUAUAAACUGGAGAGGCACGAGCUGAUCCACACCGGAGAGAAACCGUACUGCUGCUCCAUCUGCGGUCGGAGUUUCAACCAGAAGGGAAAUCUCAAGACGCACUACAAAGUCCACUUAGGUCGUAAGGGUGUGGUGGACUUUGACGAUGACGUGAAUCCCAUUGCGUCGGAACUCUCGGAAUACUUGAAGUCUCUGCCCGGCGAGUCCAGGAUCAGAACGUCCCUCCGUUGCCUGGAAUGCGGCAAAGACUGCGAGAGUCAGUCGGCCCUGCAAGCACACCACAUCACGGCGCACACGCCCACGGCUGUGGAGGCGAACGCCGCCGAACACGUCGCGUCGCAGCUUCUCCUCUGCCGCCGCUGUGGUGUUCAGUUUGGCGAACAGGAGAAGCUGGAGGAGCACAUGAAGACCCACGUCAAGGAGAAGCCCUACUCGUGUCCCGACUGCGGCAAGAGGUUCAUCAACGAGAGCUACAUACAGAUCCACCAGCGCAUCCACACGGGGGAGCGGCCGUUCCUCUGCUCGCAGUGCGGCCGGGGUUUCCACACGGCUUCGUCACUCAAGCUGCACGAGAUGCAGCACUCGGAUGAACGGCCGUUCGCGUGCUCCAUCUGCGGCAAGACAUUCCGCAUAAACUCUUACCUGACGGCACAUUACCAGACGCACCUUAAAGACAGACCGUUCAUCUGUAGCCUCUGCGGGAAAGGCUACACCCGAGCGGAGGAGUUGAAGGUGCACCACCGGCUGCACACCGGAGAGAGACCGUAUGAGUGCGAGGAGUGCGGGAAGAGCUUCAUCUACCGCCAGGGCCUGCGGCAGCAUCAGCGCACGCACGCCGGAAGACGCAUCGGGCCGACCCGACAGCUCGGCCGACCGAAGCAGCAGGCCAGGCUUGAGGUCUUAUACAUGGACCUUCACCAUAUGGGCUCUGAAAACCCAGACGACUUUGGACCUGCCGUUGGCCUCGCCGACGAGGAAGAUCAGCACGAGAUCGGAGGUCUGAUCAACUCUGACGGGGAGGAGGUGGAUUUCUCCGAUCUCAAAGCCAGCGUCGUCGUCCCUGCCGUUGGACUUGCGGACGCUCCCUCAAAGACGUUCGAUCAGACCGAGAAUGAAAAGCCGCCGUCUCUCCACAGCUGCUCGGUGUGCGGCAAAGACUUCCCGUACGCCUCAAAACUCCAGCGCCACCUGCGCACUCACUCGGGAGAGAGGCCCUUCCCCUGCUCCAUGUGCGAGAAGCGCUUCCCCGAGAAGGGGCUCCUCAUGAUCCACGAGAGGGUCCACACCGGGGAGAAGCCGUUCCCGUGCACUUUCUGCGAGAAGCGGUUUGCCAGCCAGGGCGAGCUGCGGCUGCACCGGCGGACUCACACCGGCGAGCGGCCGUACCACUGCACCAUCUGUCUGAAGAGCUUCUCUCGCCACUGGCACCUGAAAACGCACUUGGAGGCGAUGCACUCGGAGGUCGUCGCGGGCUUCGUGAGGAAGAAGUUCCCUUGUUCGGACUGCGACAAGAGCUGCAACUCGGCGGCUGAACUGAGGGAUCACCAGAGGACUCACACCGGCGAGAGGCCCUACCAGUGCUCGUUCUGCGACAAGCGGUUCGCCCUGUCGGGCACGCUGGUAAGACACGAGCGCCUCCACACCGGCAUCACGCCGUACCACUGCUCCGACUGCGGGAAGACCUUCGCACAGCAGUGGACGCUGACGACGCACAUGCGGACUCACACGGGGGAAAAACCAUACAGCUGCACACAGUGCGACAAGUCCUUCGUCGCUCCCGGGGAGCUGCGGCGACACACCAGGAUUCACACGGGAGAGAAGCCGUACACCUGCGCGGACUGCGGGAGGCACUUCUCCCUGGCUGGAACUCUCCGGAACCACAAGCGGUCGUGUCCGCAGAACAAGAACGGAUCCGUCGCAGACGUCGUCUCAGGCCCGGUUCAAGCUCCGGCUGGUGAAUCGUCGCAGCGAGACCCGACCGACAACAUCACCUCUGAGGAUUCGGGCAGACAGAGUUUACCCAGUUCAGCCGAGUCACAUUCUUCAGAGAGACUCGACUGCGACGAAGCAGCUCAGCAUGAAAAGAACCAGAGAGAACCGGAGGAGCGGCAGGAGGAGCGGCAGGAGGAACGGCAGGAGGAACGGCAGGAGGAGCCGGCGUCCAGCCCCCAAGUGAAUGUAAUAGUGAAAGAGGAGGAAGAAGAGGAACCCUUGUGUGAAGAAGCUCCUGACCUGGUGUCUGAGAGUGAGGACUGCACCAUGACAGAGGAAACUGAAGAGCAGAAGCAGCCGCCGCCGCCGCCGCAGGAGAGCAACACAGAAAUUAAGAUUACUGUAAAAGAGGAAGAAGAGGAACUGGUCAACAUGUCUGGGGAGGAUCCUGAUCGUGUCGCGAGCAGUGAGAGAGACAGUCCACUGUCGUCACCAGCGCCGGAACAGUUGACGAACAAUCAGACAAAGAGCUCUUACUGCUGCGGACUCUGCGGAAGAGACUGUCACAAGAUGUCCGCGCUGCAGAUCCACAUGCGAAUUCACUCGGGCGAGAAACCCUAUCAAUGCUCUCUGUGCGGGAAGCAGUUCACCCAGAAAGGUCAACUCAAGGGUCACCAGAAGGUCCACACGGGGGAGAAGCCGUUCUCCUGCCCGGACUGCGGGAAGAGCUUCGCCCACUCGGGGGCGAUGAACCGACACCGGCUCACGCACACAGGGGAGCGGCCCUACCGCUGCUCCGUGUGCGACAGGAGCUUCAACCAGUCGGGCCGCCUGCGGGAACAUGAGAAGAUCCACUGCGGCGAGAAGUUUGACUGUCCUGAGUGCGACAAGAGUUUCACGCGAGCAUCGAGCCUCAAGAACCAUUUCCGGCUGCACACGGGCGAGAGGCCGUACGGCUGCGACGUCUGCGGGCGGGGAUUCAGCCGAUCGCAGAGCCUCCGGCUGCACAAACGAAAACACGAGCUGACGCAGUCCGAGGAGGAGUCUGCAUUCAACGUGAAGGACGAAGAGUUCUCGCAGAGCGACGACAACUCUCCGAUUAACAUGUGCAUAACGGACAAAAACGACUUAUAAUAAUGUAUUUAUGUGAACUGUGCAGGUAUGUGCCAGUAGUACUGUAACAGUACAGGAGUGUGGGACGUGACUACCUCUGUGAAUAGACGUAUUAAACCUUUAUGUGAUUCACCCUGAAAGUAUUUAAGCUAAAGUAUUUAACUCCCAGACAAAAAAGGUGCAGACAAAAUUAAUAAAUGGACACAAAACCAUUUGAUGUUCAGCAACUAGCAGCGCGGUUUCAGACAAAACGACUAAACAAAUAUUUACUACAAACGCAACUUUGUAAAAUCUUGGAAACUGUUUAGACGCUAAACAUUUGUAGAGGCGGUACUCGGUCUCGUAUAUCAAUCGUACCUAUGUUAGUUGCAUUUGAAUAUCAUAGUAUUAAUGGUAGUACAAAUGUGUCAUUUAAGGUUUUGUGAUUUCACUUUGUCCAUGCAGUAUUUUUUCAUUCACAUUAAUCGUGUAUGUGGAAAAUUGGAUUGAAGAAUAAUUAUGUUUUUUUUGUAUCAGAUGUUUCUGUGGCCAGCGAGACAUUUAGGAACCAGGUGAAACUGGAAUUCAUUGUUUGGGGAAAUAAAAUUAUAACAAAAACAGCGGGAUUGUGAUAUUCAUCAGAUGUUUGCCAAAACCAUUUUUUGCCUUAGUGGUGGUGAAUUUUAAAUCUCUUGGUUUUUUACAGAACCAAAUCAUGAAUUGGGUUCACCUGGUUUGAUCUGACCAUAAAGGUACAAGUGCUAAAAAUUGUGAAUAAAAGAAUCAUCAUGUUACAAAAAGCAAAAACAAUUUGAAGCCAUGUAGAUGGUUAAUUUUUGCUCCGUGCUGCCUAUUGUCUUACUGUAUGGAACAUGUUAAACUGAACAAUAAAAAUAUAAAUACUA